AAGGGAGAAAAACAAAUCUAAAUGUUUAUUUUUUUGUGUGUGUAAAAGAAAAGCUGAGAAAUCAGUUUAACUUUUCUAGAUUGUAGUAUCAGAGAAUAGCAUGACUGUUUAUUCACAUGUUUGCAUUUGAUAGGCCUGCUGGUGCACCAGUGACUCUGUUGACUCUCUUUAGAUUAAAACAUUCCUUUGCAGAAACGUUUCCGCCUCACGCUCCAGGUGAGUCCAGAUCUCUGCUGAUUUUAAUCCAGAGGAAGAAGAAUCUGCGGUGGGAUCAUGUUUCCAUCACCGUGUCGGAUCCUGAAGACGCUCUGCUGCUGCUGCCUGAAGAAACUGGGAGUUCAGACCUGCUGGGCUGCAGCUACUGGGACUGUUCAGAUCAUGGUGGGUGUGCUUAAUAUCGGCCUGGGACCGGGAAGAACAAGCACCCGACUGGGGGAUUUUACCAGCCUGGGAGCUGCUUACUGGUUGGGCGCUGUGUUCAUCCUAACAGGAAUCAUGACGGUUGUAGCUGGUCGGUUCCCUUCUUCCUGCUUGGUUGGCUUCUCUGUGUUCCUGAACAUUGUUGGUGUGAUCUUCUCCAUCACUGGCAUCGUGUUGUACGCCAUCGACCUGAACGACUCCUCUCUGCUCUGGGUUUGUGACCGCUCCGGUUCUGAUCCCGAUCGCUACGACGACAGCUGCAGAAACGUGGCCGCCUUCGAUCAGGACUUGCUGACGUCUCUGGACAGAGCCUUGAUUCUCCUGGCUGUUCUGCUGUUGGUUGUCAGUAUUUCUUUUGCUGCUCUUGGCAUCGGGUUCCUGACUGGUGAGGUGAAGGAGGAAGAGCAGGUUGACAACGUUUGUAAAGAAGAUUUGAAGGAAAUCCUUCUCAUCAGUCCUGGUGCCUGAAACCAUCCAUACUUCAGCAGACAGCGCUGCAAAGCAAUCAGUGCCACAAAUAGUAACACAGCACAGUAGACAAUAACUCUCUACUUUCAAUUAUUGACUGACAGUAAAUUAUAAAAUGUAACUAAUUACUUAGGUUACUGAUUUAUUUAUUGUAUUUUUGACAAAAACUGACAGAAAAGGAGAAAUAUUGGAAGAAAAGUGGAUGGAUCAGGUUGGUGAACGUCUGGCUGAGAUCAAGUCCUGCAGAAUGCAGACAUGUUUUUACCUUCACAGUUUAACUUUAACAAUGGAUUAAAAAUUAAAGUGCUGCACUUUUAGCUUCAGCUGUAUUCAGAUAAUAUCAGUUUUUAUCUUUUCUGGAUCAGGGUUCUGGAAUGAGAAGCUCUGGAGUCCAAAGUAACUCUUUGGUUCAUUUAAUACAUUAAACAAUAAAAUGUUGCUCCAUUUUCUUUCAUUCUUUUGUUCUGUGCUCCCAUGAAGAAACACUGACCCAGCUAGCACUGACAGUUUUCACAUUUUUUCAUCACUCUGGAUUCACUUUGUAUUCAUAUUUAAUAUUUGCAUAUGUAACAUAGUUAAAAUGGUUCAGGUUAAAUCCUGCUAAAAUGCACCAUCUGCUGGUUUAAUGGAGUAUUACAUUCACCCUAGAAAGAGCGGGGUAUUAUGGGUAAUCCUCAGCGCCAUGAGGAUCACUGUCGAGGAGCAUGUUUAUGCUAGAGACUGACUUUACCUCGAUGCCCAUGUGUGAAAUACAGAUGGUGAAUUAAAGAAAACAACUGAUGCCAGCUUGAGCUCCUGUCAUUCAUUGCCAUCCUAAGAGAACCACCAGAACCACAGAGGUCACACAUAAAAAGGAGUUCCUCAGAGUCUUGAUGCUGAGGACGACGGCGCUGACGGCGACGCAGAGCUCCAUGAUGGACAGGACGAUCAGCAGAACGUUCAGUCCUAUCAGGAGCACCUGAUCGGACCACAAAACAUUCUCACAACGGCUUUGUGUUGAGUGGACUGCUGCUUUAUCAAUAUUUGUUUCCAAACAUCACCUAAAUUUGUCCAGUUAGCAACUGGUUACCAGCAGGUUAUCCUGACGGCCCGUUGGGGUUAGCAUGAACGAUAUUAGCUGGGUUUCCAUUACAAAUGUCAAAACAAACACAAUUUUGCUAUUGCAGCAUUUCCAUUAAAUAAGAAACAGAAUUAAAAUCACGUGUGAAUAAAUUUGUUCACAUGAUAAGUUAUUAAAAACAUGCUGCGCCAUCGUCCUCCAACUUCCUGUCGUCGUCUUCUCCAGUAGUGACAUCCGGCUGUUGAUCAUGUGACUCGCGUGACGCAAAGAAAGUGUUUCCAAUUCUCAUUUUUAAUUGAAAAACAAGAAUUGUUCAAAAUUGCCACGUUUCCAAUAAGCAAAUUUAUAUUAGAAAUAUUAAGUUUGGCAGUGAAAAUACAAAAUAAACUUACUUAAUACAAACAAGUAAAUUUAUAAAAACUCACUUUUUCAAUAAACGUUUUUGUGCUGGCGUGGAUUUUUCAGCCUCAUCAAAUUUGGUUUGUCUUGCAAAACCGCAACGAAAACGUUUUUUCUUUCUUUCUUUGCGUCACGCAUCCAGGUUCUUGAUUUCGCUUGAACAAACUUAUUCAUGUGUGAUUGUAAUUUAAUUUCUCAUUUAAUAAAAGUACCACAGUUGUGUAAUUGUGUUUUAUCACCCUUAGGAGAAAAUUAACAAAGAUUUGCACACAUUUGUAAUUAAAAUGCAGCCAUAUUUAA